AUGGAUCCCGCACCCCAAUUUUCCUCUACCCAAAACCCUAACCCUAACCCUAACCCCAACGUUUUCCUGGACCCAACCGCCGAUUCAAUCCCAAACCUCCUCCAGAACCAGAGCCAGAACCCGAACCCGAACCCCACCACCUUGAACCACUACCUCUCUUUCUCCGUCCCGAAGAAGCGCCGUCGCGGUCGCUCCCAGCGCAAUCCGGCAUCGUUUCGCCUCCCUCUCACUCUCCCCACCGACUCACCCUCUUCGUCCCGAACUCCCGCCUCCGACGAAAUCAUUGUAAUCAACAAAGAACCCAAAACCGAAGCCCUAAUCGCUCUCACCGCCGGUUUUCCGGCGGAUUCACUCACGGAGGAGGAGAUCGACGCCUCCGUGCUGCCGGUCAUCGGUGGCAUCGAGCAGGUGAACUACACUCUCAUUCGGAAUCACAUCAUUGCAAAAUGGCGCGAAAAUGUGUCCAAUUGGGUGAGUAAGAAAACCUUCCUCGAUUACAUUCCGCAACAUUACCACGCGCUUUUGGAUUCCGCAUAUAAUUACCUUGUCUCGCAUGGUUACAUCAAUUUCGGAGUGGCCUCUUCUAUUAAGGAGAGGAUUCCGGCGGAGGUGAGCAAGCCGGCGGUGAUCAUCGUCGGCGCCGGGCUAGCCGGGCUGGCUGCGGCACGGCAGCUCAUGCGGUUUGGGUUCAAGGUGACGGUUUUAGAAGGGCGGAAGCGCGCCGGCGGCCGUGUUUAUACGAAGAAGAUGGAGGGAGGGAAUAGGGUGUGUGCUGCUGCGGAUUUGGGAGGGAGUGUGUUGACAGGCACGUUGGGGAAUCCCCUUGGGAUUGUGGGGAGGCAGUUAGGUGAGUUUCUUCAUAAGGUGAGGGAUAAGUGUCCUCUUUAUUGUGUGGAUGGAAGACCAGUUGAUCCGGAUACGGAUGUGAAGGUGGAGUCUGCGUUUAAUCGCAUGCUCGACAAGGCGAGUAGGUUGAGGCAGUUGAUGGGGGAGGUCUCGGUGGAUGUGUCGCUAGGGGCGGCACUGGAGACAUUCCAGCAGGUCUUUAAGGAUGCGGUGAGUGAUGAGGAGUUAAAUUUGUUCAAUUGGCAUCUUGCAAAUUUGGAGUAUGCCAAUGCCGGGUUGUUGUCAAAUCUUUCGCUUGCGUUUUGGGACCAGGAUGAUCCGUAUGAUAUGGGGGGAGAUCACUGUUUUUUGCCUGGAGGAAAUGGGAAGCUGGUUCAGGCUUUGACAGAGAAUGUGCCAAUUUUGUACGAGAAAACUGUGCAUACAAUUAGGUAUAGUGGUGAUGGAGUGCAGGUGAUUGCGGGGAGUCAGGUGUUUGAGGGUGAUAUGGCAUUGUGUACUGUUCCAUUAGGUGUAUUGAAGAAAGGGUCUAUCAAGUUUAUACCAGAGUUGCCUCAGAGGAAGCUUGAUGGGAUAAAAAGAUUGGGGUUUGGUCUGCUGAAUAAGGUUGCCAUGCUUUUUCCUCAUGUGUUUUGGGAGAUGGAUCUUGAUACAUUUGGGCAUCUUUCUGAUGAUCCAAGCCGUCGUGGGGAAUUUUUCUUGUUUUACAGUUAUGCAACAGUUGCUGGUGGUCCCCUGUUGAUUGCUUUAGUAGCAGGGGAAGCUGCACAUAAGUUUGAGAGCAUGCCCCCUACAGACGCAGUGACACGGGUUCUUCAAAUUCUGAAGGGUAUCUAUGAACCAAAAGGAAUCAAUGUUCCUGAACCUAUCCAAACUGUCUGUACUAGAUGGGGUAGUGAUCCCUUCUGCUUUGGUUCUUACUCUAAUGUUGCAGUUGGAGCUUCUGGUGAUGAUUAUGAUAUUUUAGCAGAAAGUGUGGGAGAUGGUAGACUUUUCUUUGCUGGGGAAGCAACCACCAGGCGCUAUCCUGCUACUAUGCAUGGGGCUUUCCUAAGUGGUCUAAGAGAAGCUGCAAAUAUGGCGCACCAUGCUAAUAUUCGAACACUGAAGAUGAAAGUUGACAAGGCCCCUUCAAAUGCUCAUUCUUGUGCUUCCCUUCUUGCAGAUUUAUUUAGAGAACCUGAUAUAGAAUUUGGGAGCUUUUCUGUCAUUUUUGCUCAGAAGAAUACUGACCCCAAGUUACCAGCAAUCUUGAGGGUAACAUUUGGUGAGGCUAGAAAAAAAUGUCAUGAAGUUGCAAAACAAGACCAACAACACUCAAACAAAUUACUUUUUCAGCAGCUUCAGUCACAUUUUAAUCAACAACAGCAGCUUCAUGUUUACACAUUACUGACAAGACAACAGGUUCUUGACCUAAGAGAGGUAAGAGGUGGUGAUGAAAUGAGAUUGAAUUACCUUUGUGAAAAGCUUGGAGUGAAACUAGUGGGAAGAAAAGGAUUGGGGAUAAAUGCUGAUUCUGUUAUUGAUUCCAUUAAAAGUGAGAGGGGCAAUCGUAAACCUGUUUCAACGUCUUUGGCUCCUAAACCAGGGGUGUCAUCAAAGCUGAAGGCAGGCAUUAUGAAGCGCAAGUUAAUCAGACGGGCAAAAGUGGUGAGGAAAAGCAAUGGGUCCAUAAAUGUGGGGAGUGCCACCAAAUUAUCAGAAGAGGUUAAGAUGACAGAUUUAGUGCUUCCUGAUGUAACUGUUUCAGGGAGCAAUCAAAAUGACUUGAGCAAUCCAUAA